CGGAGCAUCUGAUCCGUUCACGAAGACAAUGCUGUGUUUGUUAAUGAAGUGGGGUCAGCCUAAGCGGAACCAGCUAGUCUCCCCCAUAUUCCCUCAUCAUUGACAUCUUCUUGGCAAGAUCUGAUUUUUCUUCUUUUCAAAGGGGGAGUGGCAGGGAGAUACAGGGAGGACUGCAAGGCAAAAACCCGGUCCUCCUUUUGUUUGUUUUGUGGAGAAAGAAAGAAAGAAAGAGCGAGAGAGAGAGGGCCACCUGUGAAGUGAGGAUAAGCUCCUUUAGAUCUGCCACUUCGUCUACAGGAUUGCAUUGAGGAAUGAUAAGGAGAUGGGGAGGAAGGGAAAUUGGUUUUCUAGUGUAAAGAAAGCGCUUAGCCCAGAUUCCAAGGAGAAGACUGACCAGAGAUCAAAUAAAUCGAAAAAGAAAUGGUUUGGAAAGCAGAAACACCUGGAUUUAGAAUCUACCUCUUUAGGAACUGUCACAGUGCCACCUCUUCCCGCUGAGGAAGAGGUCAAAUUAACCAAUGCAGAGAAUGAACAGAGGGAUCAUGCUUACUCUGUUGCAGUCACCACUGCUCCAGCUGCUGAUGUGGCUGUUGCUGCUGCUCAGGCAGCCACUGAGGUUGUUCGACUCACUGCAGUUACUAGGUUUGCAGGCAAAUCGAGGGAGGAAGUGGCAGCAAUCAAGAUUCAAACAGCAUUUCGGGGAUACAUGGCAAGAAGGGCAUUGCGGGCUUUAAGGGGGCUGGUCAGGCUGAAAUCACUGAUGGAAGGACCUGUUGUGAAACGCCAAGCUGCAAAAACCCUCAGAUGCAUGCAGACUCUAGCACGUGUGCAAUCUCAGAUCCGUUCCAGGAGGAUCAGGAUGACAGAGGAGAAUCAGGCUCUCCAGAAACAACUCCUACAGAAACGAGCAAAAGAGUUUGAGAGCUUGCAGAUUGGAGAGGAAUGGGAUGACAGCAUUCAGUCAAAGGAACAAAUUGAAGCAAAUCUUCUUACCAAGCAUGAGGCAGCUAUGAGGAGAGAAAGAGCACUGGCUUAUGCUUUCUCUCAUCAGCAAACCUGGAAGAAUGGUUCAAGAUCUGUAAACCCAAUGUUUACGGAUCCAAGCAAUCCCACCUGGGGCUGGAGCUGGUUGGAACGAUGGAUGGCAGCCCGUCCAUGGGAGAGUCGUAGCAUGACGGAUAAAGAACUGAACAACGACCAUUCAUCUGUAAAGAGUGCGAGCCAGAGCUUUGUUGGUGGAGAAAUCAGCAAAUCUUAUGCUCGCUACCAGCUCAAUUCUGAUAAUCAUUCUCCAACAGCCAGCCAAAAGACCGGUCAUCAUACCUUCCAGUCCCCUUCAACUCCUAAGCCAGCUUCCUCAAAAGGAGCAAAGAAAGUAAAGCCUCCAAGCCCAAGGGGUGGAUGGGGUCCAGAUGAUGACUCCAAAAGCAUGGUCAGUUUGCAGUCAGAACGAUUUCGAAGGCACAGUAUUGCUGGGUCAUCAGUGAGAGAUGAUGAAAGUCUGGCAAGCUCUCCAGCAGUUCCGAGUUAUAUGGUAGCCACCAAGUCUGCAAGAGCUAAGACCAGGUUGCAAAGCCCAUUGGGGUCUGAGAAGAACGGGACGCCAGAAAAGGGAUCUUUCGGGACGCCAGAAAAGGGGUCUUUCGGGACGCCGGAAAAGGGGUCUUUUGGGCCUGCAAAGAAACGGCUUUCAUUCCCGACCUCACCAGCCAGGCCAAGGCGGCAUUCAGGUCCACCAAAGGUGGAUGUCAGUCGUAAUGCAGAAAACAACACGAGCAAUGGAGUUGGCAGUUGAUCAUUUCUAGUCAAAAUCAAGGGAAAGAAAUUAAUUGGAUUUGGAUUUGGGGAGCUAUUGGUGGAAAAUAGAAAUAAUGGAUUAUUUGAUUUGUGAAUUCACUAUUUUCUUAAAAGCUUUAAUUUGUUAUUGCUUAAUAGUUGCUCCUGUGGGGUGACAUUCAUUAUAUAUUUUUAUUUUUUUCUCUCUCCAUCGUUUGGGUUCUCUAUGUCCUGAUGGUAGCAGAACAUGUGUGAACCCAAAUCUGGAUCUCGAUUAUUUUCUGCAUGAAGAACAGUUGUCAGUCUGUUAAAUUUAUUGAUUCUACGGAGUGCUGUAUAAUGGAUGUUGAAUUUCUCACUUGUUUA